CUUCCUUUCUCUCUCUAUUCUUUUAUUCAUUUAUUCUUUAUUUUAGGAGUCUAUUUUGGGAGCUUUUCCCUUCGUCUUGAUUCAAUUUCGAGGGUUUUAGACUUCGAACCGGUUUUUGUUGAUCCCUCGGCCUCGGGUGGUCGGCGUCGCCCAGGUCGUUCGCCUGAACUCCUCAAAUUCCAUUUAUAAGCCAAAGCAGACAGAGAGUGUUUCCACUAGGGUGGAGGAAGAUAUGUCGGUGUCAAUGAGAGAUUUGGAUCCUGCUUUCCAGGGAGCAGGACAGAAAGCAGGAAUUGAGAUAUGGCGUAUUGAGAAUUUUCAUCCAGUUGCUGUCCCAAAGUCCUCUCAUGGGAAGUUUUUCACAGGGGAUUCUUACAUAAUUCUUAAGACAACUGCCUUAAAAAGUGGUGCUCUGCGUCAUGACAUCCAUUACUGGCUUGGAAAAGAUACAAGCCAGGAUGAAGCUGGCACUGCUGCCAUCAAGACUGUGGAACUUGAUGCAGCCCUUGGUGGACGUGCUGUUCAGUAUCGUGAGGUACAGGGCCAUGAAACUGAGAAGUUCCUGUCUUAUUUUAAACCAUGUAUCAUUCCACAACAGGGAGGGGUGGCAUCUGGAUUCAGGCAUGCUGAAGUAAAUGAACAUGAGCAUGAGACUCGUCUAUAUGUUUGCAAAGGAAAACAUGUUGUCCAUGUAAAAGAGGUUCCUUUUGCGCGGUCAUCCCUCAAUCAUGAUGACAUAUUCAUUCUGGAUACCAAGUCUAAGAUUUUUCAGUUUAAUGGAUCCAACUCAUCUAUUCAAGAGAGGGCUAAAGCUCUUGAGGUUGUCCAAUACAUUAAAGAUACCUAUCAUGAUGGCAAGUGUGAGGUUGCUGCUGUAGAUGAUGGAAAGUUGAUGGCUAAUGCUGAGGCUGGAGAAUUCUGGGGUUUCUUUGGUGGCUUUGCACCUCUUCCAAGAAGGGCAGCAUCCGAGGAUGGAAAAAAUGCAGAGGUCUUUUCUGCAAAACUGCUUUGUGUUGAGAAUGGGCAGCCGGUGCCUAUUGAUGCUGAUACAUUGACAAGAGAAAUGCUACAGACAAAUAAGUGUUACCUGCUGGAUUGUGGUAUCGAAGUUUAUGUGUGGAUGGGCAGAAAUACAUCUCUUGAGGAGAGGAAAAGUGCAAGCACUGUUGCAGAGGAUUUACUUCAUGAACCUGACCGACCUAAAGCCCAUGUAAUCCGUGUUAUUGAAGGAUUUGAAACUGUCAUGUUUCGAUCAAAAUUUGAUACAUGGCCUCAGACAGCUAAUGUGACAGUGUCUGAAGAUGGCAGAGGCAAGGUUGCCGCACUUCUAAAACGCCAAGGAUUGAAUGUGAAGGGCCUUGUGAAGACUGAUUCUGUCAAAGAUGAUGAACCUCAACCACAUAUUGAUUGCACAGGCAAUUUACAGGUUUGGCGUGUAAAUGGCCAAGAAAAGACCCCUCUUUCAUCAUCUGAUCAGUCAAAAUUUUAUAGUGGAGAUUGUUAUAUUUUCCAGUAUUCAUAUCCUGGUGAAGAUAGAGAGGAAUAUCUUGUUGGCACUUGGUUUGGGAAGAAAAGUGUCGAGGAAGAGAGGGCUGCAGCCAUAUCACUUGCUAAGAAGAUGGUUGAAUCUUUAAAAUCACAGGCUGUUCAGGCUCGUGUGUAUGAAGGAAAGGAACCUAUUCAGUUCCUUUCAAUAUUCCAGAGCUUCAUCGUGUAUAAGGGUGGUGUUAGUUCUGGCUAUAGGAAUUUCAUCACUGAAAAUGACAUUGCUGAUGAGACGUAUUCAGAAGAUGGGCUUGCACUUUUCCGAGUUCAGGGUUCUGGACCUGACAAUAUGCAAGCAAUUCAAGUUGAUCCGGUGGCGUCGUCUUUAAAUUCAUCUUAUUGUUACAUAUUGCAUUGUGGCAAUACUGUUUUUACAUGGUCUGGAAGUCUUACCACCUCUGAGGACCAAGAACUUGUUGAGAGACAGCUAGAUAUAAUAAAGCCAAAUGUUCAGUCCAAACCACAAAAGGAAGGGACAGAAACUGAACAAUUUUGGGACUUACUAGGAGGCAAAAGUGAAUAUCUUAGUCAAAAGGUUGGAAAGGAACGAGAAAGUGAUCCUCACCUAUUCUCUUGUGAUUUCUCAAAAGGUGAUUUAAAGAUUACAGAAAUAUACAGCUUCACUCAGGAUGAUUUGAUGACUGAAGACAUAUUCAUUCUGGACUGUCAUUCAAACAUCUUUGUUUGGGUCGGACAACAGGCAGAUUCCAAGAGCAAGUUACAGGCUUUAAGUAUAGGAGAGAAAUUUCUUGAACAUGAUUUUCUUUUGGAAAAACUAUCUCAAGAAACUCCAAUAUUUGUUGUUAUGGAAGGGAGUGAGCCACCUUUCUUCACUCAUUUCUUCACAUGGGACUCUGCAAAAUCAGCUAUGCAUGGAAAUUCAUUCCAGAGGAAGCUCACAAUUUUGAAAAAUGGAGUCACUCUGGUUGAUAAGCCCAAGCGCCGAAUACCAACAUAUGGAGGAAGAUCUAGUGUUCCAGACAAGUCUCAGCGCUCGAGAAGCAUGUCUUUCAGUCCUGACAGAGUACGGGUAAGAGGAAGAUCUCCGGCUUUUAAUGCAUUAGCUGCUGCCUUCGAGAAUCCAAAUCCUAGGAAUCUUUCAACCCCUCCUCCAGCUGUUACAAGACUCUAUCCAAAGUCUGUGACACCAGAUUCUGCAAAAGUAGGUUCCAGGUCAGCAGCGAUUGCUGCUUUGACUGCUACUUUUGAACCACCAAGUAUGACACCAUCCAAGUCAUCAAAAGGGAGCUCAGAGGACAAAGCAAAAUCCGAGGAGAAUUUCAAUGACAGACCCACUUCUGUGAGUAGUAGAAUUGAAUCUGUCACCAUUCAAGAAGAUGUAAAGGAGGGUGAAGCUGAAGAUGAUGAAGGGCUUCCUGUGUUUCCUUAUGAACGGCUUAAAACAUCAUCCACUGAUCCUGUUUCAGAAAUUGAUGUAACCAAGAGAGAGGCUUAUUUAUCUUCAGCAGAGUUCAGAGAGAAAUUUGGCAUGACAAAGGAUGCUUUCUACAAGCUACCCAAGUGGAAGCAGAAUAAGUUUAAAAUGGCAGUUGAUUUGUUUUAGGUGCCUUUUUUCCUCUUUGUACCUGUCCUCAGAGAUGGAUAAGGCAUGCUUGCAGUUCUGUACGAAACUAUGAACACCUUUCCAUUCUUUUUUCCUUUUGAUUCUAUUAUCACAGUUAUUUAGGUGGUUGCAUCUUGCUGCAGAGGGCCUCAUGAUUAAGCAUGAAGGGGACAUCAUCAAAUCACCAAUGCUUUCUUAUCUGCACCUAAGAGUUCAUGCCAUCAGCUACUCAAGUUUCACAUUUUUCCUGCUUCCAUGUUAGGAUGUCCAAUUUUGUUUUUAACAGUUAUUCAGUAUUCAUUAUGGUCACAGGUUGUCAGAGAGCUAGCAUUUUUUUAAUAUAUAAGUUAGCAAUUGUUUCAAGCAGAAAGGUAAAAACGUAUCCCAGAGUUUGAAAGAUUGAAUCAUGUAAUUGAGGAAAUGAAUAGCAUGCACAGCUGUGUAAAAUAUAAUUAACCUGGGAUGUAGACUUGUAUCUUGGCUGUUCAAUAAUAAAAUAUUAUUUGUCAUGUGCUUUGCAG